UUGAUUGAUGAGCUGCACGAGCACGGCUUUAAAAAAUGAUGCUCGAAUUCGUUAGCCUGGUUUUGGCGGGUGUAGUGAUACUGUUGACUUUUUAUUGGUUCACGAGAAAGAAUGACUAUUUUCGGAAGAAAUCCCUACCGGCUCUGCCAGAAGGCUUACUGUUCGGAAACACACGGGUUCUGAUGUUCAAGAAGAGCUCGAUGGGAGAAUUUGUUAAAAUGGUGUACGAUAGCUUUCCUGCAAACAAAGCCGUGGGUUUGUACGAUGGUUACGGUCCUGUGUUUAUGCUGACCGAUCCGGAGCUGAUAAAGAAGAUUAUGGUGAAGCAGUUCGACAGCUUCGUGGAUAGACGACCGUUUUUCUGGAAUCCCAAGUGUAAGAGUCCGAAAAUUAUAAUUAACAAAACCUUACUAACGUUGAUGGGGCAACGCUGGCGUAAUAUGAGGGCCACGCUAAGUCCUGCCUUCACGGGGAGCAAAAUGCGGCAGAUGUUCGAGCUGAUUUUGGAGUGUAGUGAAAAUAUGGCAUCUCACUAUAAUAGGCAACUGACGAAAGUUGUUUCACUGGAACGGGACAUGAAGGAUAUUUUUUCAAAGUUCGCCAAUGAUGUUAUAGCUACUUGCGCAUUCGGUAUUAAAGUUGAUUCGCUUGAAAAUCCCGAAAAUGAUUUCUACGUUAACGGGCGCAAGAUGAUGCGCUUCAAUCGAUUAAGUGUUGCGUUUCGCGUAAUUGCCAUUCAGUUAUUUCCACGCAUUAUGGAUUUCCUCGGAAUAGAUAUUGUAGACCGGGAGCAGAUAGAUUAUUUCACUAAGCUUAUUUUACACGCUAUUAGAACCCGACAAUCAGAACACAUUCUGCGCCGUGACAUGAUUCAGCUGUUAAUCGAAGCAAGAGGUGGAACACUCAAGUAUGAGGCGGAGAACGAUCAACCGGAGGGAUUUGCUACCGUACACGAAUCGGAAGUUGGGCAAAGCCAAAAGCGAAUUGAGAUGACAGAUAUUGAUAUGGUUGCUCAAUGUAUAAAUUUCUUUGUUGCCGGAUUCGAUACGGUGUCGACUUGUCUAACCUUCUUCGCAUACGAGCUUGCGAUGAAUCCGGACAUUCAACAGCGGUUGUAUGAAGAAAUAUCAGAAACCCAUCAGCGUCUCAGCGGGGAACCGCUGAGCUAUGAAACGCUUCACGGCAUGAAAUAUUUGGAUAUGUGUGUCUCGGAAAGUCUCCGACUGUGGCCCCCGAUUCCGAUGAUCGACAGACUGUGCGUUCGCGAUUAUCAAGUUAAUGAGGGCAAAUUGCAAUUCACCAUCGACAAGGGUACCGCCGUUUGGAUUCCGGUUCAUGCUCUUCACCGUGAUCCCGAAUACUAUCCCCAGCCGGAAAAGUACGAUCCGGAGCGAUUUGGCAGUGAAAAUAAACAAUCGAUAAAUUUGGGCGCGUAUCUUCCCUUUGGUUCUGGGCCGAGGAAUUGCAUCGGUUCGCGACUUGCCCUCACCGAAGUGAAAUCGAUUGUGUACCACUUGUUGCUGAACUUUUGUCUGGAAGGUACAGCCGGAACGCCGGUUCCGAUGCGGCUUGCCAAAGGUUUUGCUGCCACUAACAACGAGCGUGAGGUCAUUAUAGCUUUGAGAAAACGAAAAUAACGAAGUAUUUCAGAACACUGAAAAAUCAUAACAGUACGAUCGAAAAUCGUUGAAGAAUAUUUGAUAAUUUCAAAAAAAUAAUGCUCACUCAGUUAGACGGCGUCCAAUAUAAUCACGAAAGCUUUUUCUUAUCUCGAUAUGAACGUACCUAAAAAAAGAGAUAAAAAUUGAUUAGAUUUAUGAUAAACGUUGCAACAGAGUUGUAAAAAUGUAAUCUUCAUUGUUUCUGCUUCAAAACAAAAACUAAACUCUUUCCUGGUUCACAUAAGAUUUAAGGUUAUCACGAAACGGUACCAAAAAGAGGAAAGAAUAAGACCGAAAAACAGCAGCACCAAAAUUCACAAUAGAAAUGAAUGAUCUGAUCAUUUAACUUCCUUGCUAACUUUAUAUUCGAAUUGAAGAACUCGAAAGUUUUAUAUCAAAAGUCGAAACUUAAAAAAUAAAUUUAGGUCAAAAAUCGAAAGUGAAAAAAGAAAUAAUAAAAGUUACGGGGGUUAAAGGUAAAUUAACAAAUAUCAGAAAGUGAAUAUCAGAAGGUUUUAGAGAAAAAAAUUUUAAUUAAAGGUUCGAACUCGAAAAAUGAUAACUAAGCGAUGGAAGUCUAAAAACGAAAGUCGACAGUGGAAAGUUCAAAGUCAAAAGCCAAAAAUCAAAUUCCAAAAAUUAAAGACCGAAAGUCAGAAGUCCAAAAUAAAAUGUGAAAAAUCCAAAGUUGACAGAAGUUUCAAAUCAAAAAUAAUAAAACUGAACUCAAAAAUUAAAGUCAAAUAUCGGCAAUCAACGUUCGAAGUCAAACGUCCUCAAUCAACGAGAUUGUAGACCUAACUUAUGAAGGAAGAAAGGAGUAACCAGUUUUCACUUCCAUGAAUUUAUUCGACACAUAUUAUGUCACAAACAAGUUCAUGAAUAAGAGAUAGAUUCUAUUACAUAUUUUCCUCCACCGUUUUACUAGAAU